AUGGGGCAGGUCCUGGGCUUCGCCCACUGCAAAGAGGCUCCGUCCACGGCCUCCACCACGCCGGACUCCACCGAGGGUGGCAACGAGGACUCGGAGUUCCCCGAGCUGCCGGUGCCGGAGCCCCCCGAGGAGGAGGAGGAGGAUGAAGAUGAGGACAGGGCGGCGGCGUGGAGGGGGGGAUCCCCCCGGGACGCCCCCCGCGAGCUCACCUUCUCCUACAUCGCCUUCCGGGCCGGGGAGGGCCCCCCUCAGCCCGAACCGGGACCCCGGGGCCGCCGGGAACCCCGAAGGGGCCGCACCCCCCGCCUGAGCUCCCCCCGGGGGCCGGACCCCCGAGCGGCCGCCAGGGCCCCCCAGAAACGUCCCGGGGAGUCCCCGGCCCCCGCCGAGGGGGCCAUGGUGGACCUGGGGGGGUCCGAGGUUGAGGAGCCCCCCCCCAGGAGCACGGCAGCCCCCGCGCCCCUCCCUGCCCCGCCGCCAGGGGGCGCCCCGCACCAGGCCCCCCCGGAGCUCCCACGAGCCUCGGCCCCGCCCCCGCCGCCCCCGGACCAAUCAGCGAGCGCGGCGCGCGCUGACGAACAGGUAUGGGAGCUGCUGUACUGGCGGGCGCCCGAGCGCUCGGCGCUGGCCUUACUGGUGGCACUGGUGGCCCUGGGGUGCCUGUCCCGCUUCAGCGCCAUCUCGGUGGGCGCCUACGGGGCGCUGGCGGUGCUGGCUGUCACCAUCCCCCUGCGCCUGCGCCAGCUGGCCCUGAGGUCACUGAGCCCUUCCCCCCCGGAGCCCCCUGUGCGGGCCGUGCAGGGGGUGCUGAGCCCGGAGCAGCAGCAGCGCUGGGCCCGGUACCUGGCGCGACACGUGGUGACAGCCACACGCACCCUGACCCGCCUGUUCCUCGUGCACAGCGUCCCCGAGUCCCUCAAGUUCGCCUUCCUGUUCUACCUGCUGACCUACGUGGGGGCUGCGUGCAACGGGCUGACCCUGCUGGGAGCGGGUGUCAUCUGCGCAUUCACCUUCCCCGUGCUCUACCGGCGCCACCAGGCCCAGAUCGACCAGUACCUGAGUCUGGUGCGGAGCCACCUGAGCCACCUGCGAGCCAGGGUCCUGGCCAAGCUCCCAAGUGCCAAAGUGAAGCCGCAGUGA